UAGAUUAAAACGAAUUAAAUUUAAAUAAAAUGCCUCAAUUAAUUAUUAAUCGCAAAUGCGGCGAUAUAAUGAUAACAGUACGAAAAAAUUCUAAGAAAGUUUUUACAUACAACUGUUCAUUUUGUGAUACUGCUUUCUUACAAAUGAAAAAGUUCACUUCGCAUUUGGACAAGGAGCAUGAUAAGCAAUUGAAAUUAAUUAAUAAAUCAACGGUUGAUACAACGGUUGAUAAGAGCAAAAAUGGUGGAAAGGAUAUAAGUGAAGAUUUAGUUACUAAAGAAGAUAGCAUUAAUAGUAUAUAUAUACCGGAAAUUAAAAUGGAAGAUUGUUUGGAUGAGGAAAUUAAAACAGAAAUUAUUGAAGAGACUCGGAUCACUAGACAAACGGUAAAGAAAGAGUCUUCAUUUGCCUCAGCAGAUCCUUUAGAUACAUACCAUAAUGAGAUUUCAUGUAAAGAUGCCACUUUUGCCGCUAAGAAAGAAGUAGAAAAUAUACAAAAAACUAUUAUAAAAUCAAAAUUGAAAAAUAUGAAAUAUUUUGCGGAAGAUGGCGAGAAAACAAAUGAGAUUAAUCCAUUAAAAUAUUCAAUCGAAAAUAUGGACGACAAUCAGUUUGACGGUGAUAGCGAUAAUCCCAGUGAUGUUGAAAAUCCCAAAUGCAGUGAUUAUGAGCCUGAAGAAGAUAUUUGUGUCACGAAACGAUCACGAAAACGUAAACUCUCAAAAGAAAACAUGGAUGAUCCGUGCAUUAUAUCUAUGCUCAUCGAUUUGUUUGAACCGCAUGAAUUUUUGUGGAAUUCACAACAUUCAGAAUCCCGUAAUAUACCAUUACGAAGGGAUAUUUUACAAAAUAUCACCGACGAGUUAAAUGCAAAAUUUAAAACUCAUUUAAAAAUGGAAAUUAUUAGGAAGAAAAUUAAUAUGUUACGACGCGAUUAUACACUUGAAGUUGAAAAACGAAUGGAUCGAAUGCUGCAAAGAGAAGAAGCUUCUAAUCUAUGGUAUUACGAUAAAAUGGAAUUUUUAAAACCCACCAUUGAAUAUAAGAUAAAGAAUAGAAGUAAACUCAAUUCAUUUAAAGUGAAAGCACUCAGCGAAUCGGUGUUAAGUCAACUGACUGAUAUUUAUAAGAAUUUCAACGCCUUAUGGGAUGGAAAUCAUAUGGCAUUUAUUAUAAAAGAGAAACGUCUCGAAACGUUGGAAAGUCUGCAGAAAGAGGUGAAAGAAAAAAUGAAUCUUGAUUUGAGCAUCUUUCGAUUAGAAAAGCAACUCACUUACAUUCAUAAAGCCUAUAGUAAGGAUAAACGUCGUCAAUUGGAAUGUGAAACGCAAACGCCAACACAAACGCAAAAACAAUUCAAACCUACCUGUGAAUAUUUUAAUAAAUGCGAUUUUCUUGCGAAUAGUCAAGGACCGUUUCGUUGUUCGAUUUGCCAAGCAAUUAUUGAGACAUAUAAUGAUUUUCAAAUACAUAAAUCACAGCAUGAUGACAGUACGCCAUUUAAAUGCCCCGAAUGCGGUUUAGGAUUUAAGAAAACCAAUAACUAUAAGUUGCACGUUAGACGUCAUUUAAACGCAUUUAAGUAUCGUUGCAAUAUCUGCGAUAAAGGUUAUCCACUUGCCGGUGAAUUAGAUCUGCAUAUGCGUUAUCAUACAGGAGCUAUGCCAUAUUUGUGUUCCAAGUGCGGCGAAGCUUUUCGUACAGCCAUGGCCUAUGAUAAUCACAUACGACGUCAUGAGAAACGUUUUAGAUAUUUUUGCCAUAUCUGCAAGAAGGGCAUUAAUCUUAUGUCACAACUUAAGGAUCACGUUAAGACGCAUCUGAACGUACGCGACGUUAUCUGCCCGAUUUGUGGCAAAGGUUUCGCUACAUUUAAAUAUAUGAAUCAUCAUAAACGCAUACACGAGGCUAAACGGUAUACUUGCGACAUCUGCGGGAAAAAGUUCGCUCAGGAUGCCGGCUUAAGGGCUCAUAAAAAAAGCCAUAAAAGACAUUCCUUUAUUGUAAGCAAUACGUUGGUAGCAAAAAGGAUGCCGCCUUUAUUAGACGAAUCUGAAGCAAAUAUUGUUAGGCGUAAAUGUGGCGAUAUAAUGAUAACAAUAAAAAAAAAUACAAAAAAAGUUUUUGAGUUUAAUUGUUUUUUUUGCGAUACAGUUUGUUUACAAAUGAAAAAAUUCACUUUACAUUUGGAGCAAGAGCAUGAUAAACAAUUGGAAGCACAUAGGGAUGCUAAUGAGUUGAAUAAGAAUCAUCUUAUAAUUGGUGACGAUAAUAAGGACAAUAACAAGAAUAAAGCGGAUGUGAAUAAUAUAAGAGCUAACCAUAAAUAUGAUAAUGAUGAUGAUAAUGAUGAUGAUGCGAAUAUAGAUAAUUCAGAUGGUAUUAGCAUAUUUAUACCGGAGGUGAAGUUAGAGAAUUGCUUGGAGGAGGAUGUUAAAACCGAAAAUGUCAAUGAACACCGAGUCACAAGGCAUACAAAAAAAAAAGAAUUAAGGUUGAUAUCAGCGGAUCCAUUAGAUACGUUUAACAAUCACUUUGGCGAAGAUCCUAUCACAGCUAUUAAGAGAGAAUUGGAAAAAUCACAAAAAUCUUUUACGAAAUCAAAAUGUAAAAGUAAAAAAGAUUUUGUAGAAGAGACGAAGAAUAAUAUUUAUGAAAAUAAUAUCACACAGCCGGCAUAUUAUUCUGAUGAUAAUUGCAAUGAUGUAUAUAAUGAACAGCUUAAUAAUGAGAACAGCAUUCACUCUAGCGAUGGCGAUAACAUCAGAGAAACUGACUUUGAGAGCGAGGACGAAUGUAUCGCAUUAAAAAAGCCCCGUAAGCGUAAAUCACCUAAAGAAGAUGAUCCCCGCGUUAUCUCAGUUCUGAUAGAUUUAUUUAAGCCUCACGAAUUCUUGUGGAACUCAAGGCACUCCAAAUACAAUGAUAUACAAUUAAAAAGAGAUACUCUACAAAAUAUUACCGACGAUUUGAAUGAAAAAUUUAAAGCUAAAUUAAAACUGGAGACGGUAAGGAGGCAAAUAAACGUACUGCGUCGUGAUUAUGCAGAGGAAAUUGAAAAGCGUAUGGAUUGUCUGCUAGAGCAAGAGGAAACUUCCUGCUUGUGGUAUUAUGAUAAAAUGGAAUUUUUAAAGCCUAUCAUUGAAUAUAAGUUAAAGAAUAGAAGUAAAAUUAACUCUUAUAGAGUGAAAGCACUCAGUGAAUCUCUGUUAAGUCAAUUGACGGACAUUUAUAAAAACUACAAUACUCUAUGGGAUGUUAACCACUUGGCGUUUACUAUAAAGGAGAAGCGGCAAGAAACUUUAGAAUUUCUGCAAAAAGAAGUCAAACAGAUAAUGGGUCUCGAUUUGAGUACGUUUCGUUUAGAAAGGCAACUUAAUCACAUACAUAAAGCAUAUGCAAAAGAUAAACGCCGCAAAUUGGAAGCUGAAGCGGAUGAAAAAGAAUUUCAGGCAUAUUGCGAGUAUUUUAACAAAUGCGAUUUUCUGGCAAGUAAUCAAGGCCCGUUCCGAUGUUCAAAUUGUCAAAUUUUAAUCGACACUUAUAAUGAUUUUCAAAUACAUAAAUCGCAGCACGACAACAGCAUGCCAUUCAAAUGUCCCGAAUGUGGGCUGGGCUUUAAGAAAGUCAAUAAUUUUACCGUUCAUGCGAAACGACAUCUAAAGGUUUUCAAAUAUCGCUGCAAUAUCUGUGACAAAGGCUAUCCAUUUUCAGCGGAAUUAGAUCUGCAUAUGCGCUCGCAUACGGGCGCAAUGCCGUAUUUGUGUUCAAAAUGCGGCGAAGCGUUUCGCACUGCCAUUGGCUAUGAUAAUCAUAUAAGACGGCAUGAGGAACGCUUUAAAUACUUUUGUCAUAUCUGCAAGCGGGGUUUUAAUCAUAUGACGCGUCUUAACGAUCACGUAAAGGCUCAUCUGAACGUACGCGAUGUAAUUUGUCCAGUUUGCGGUAAAGGUUUCACAACACGUAAAUACUUGAACCAUCAUAGACGUAUACACGAGGCUAAACGUUAUACCUGUGAUAUAUGCGGGAAAAAAUUUGCUCAAGAUGCCGGAUUAAGAGCGCAUAAAAAAUAUCAUAUACGACGACCAAUUGCCGGCAAUGUACUCGAUCAAUAUCAUUGUUUGCAAAUGGAAUAA